AUGAGCAACGCGGCCUUUGUCGAGGAGCUUAUACGACCGAGCCAGGACAGCAGCUGGCCCGAAUGGACCCAUCCGCGGACCGGGCUGCGGUACGGGCUGCGGGUGCUGCGGGCCGGGGAUCUCAGCGGCGGGCAGAUGGAGGCGUGCUUUGGGCUGGUGCAGGCGACGAGCGGCGACGACUACCGGGCGUCGGCGGGCGGGUGGCGCCCGGCGGCCAAGAGGAGGGAGAUGGCGUCGCCGGAGCUGCGGUACGUGCUGGUGGUGCAGCCGGGGGCGGGGGGCCGCGAGGGCGACGGAAGGGUGGCGGGCUUCACGUCCAUGAUGGCGACGUUUGAGGGCGGCGAGCCGGUGGUCUACUGCUACGAGAUUCACCUCGAGCCGGCUCUGCAGGGCACGGGCCUGGGCAGGCUGCUCAUGGGCCACGUGGCGCGGGCGGCGUCGCGCAUCGAGACGGUGGGCAAGACGAUGCUGACGUGCUUUGCGGCCAACGGGCGGGCGCGGCGCUUCUACCAAGGGCUGGGCUACGGCGUCGACGAGACGUCGCCGCGAGAGCGGAGGCUGCGGGGCGGACGGGUCGUGGUGCCCGACUAUGUGAUUUUGAGCCGGCCGACGACGACGUGUUUGUGA